AUGGAGUGGAGUACGUUGCAGCAUCUAGAUCUACGCCAUAUAGGGCGCGGGGUUAGGCCUUUGCAGCCUCACGCUGCUUCCUUUCAUCCUCAUCAAGCUCUUGUUGCUGUCGCCAUUGGAACCUACAUCGUCGAAUUUGAUGCAUUAACUGGAAGCAAGAUUUCCGCUCUUGACAUUGGUGCGCCUGCUGUUCGAAUGUCUUACAGUCCAACAAGUGGACACACUGUGAUUGCAAUCCUCCAGGAUUGUACAAUAAGAUCUUGUGAUUUUGACUUGGAGCAAACUUGUGUACUGCAUUCACCUGAGAAAAAGACUGAGCAAAUUUCUUCUGAUGCAGAAGUUCAUAUGGCUUUAACUCCACUCCAACCUGUUGUGUUUUUUGGGUUCCCUAAGAGAAUGAGUGUGACAGUUGUUGGAACUGUUGAAGGCGGUCGGACACCUACGAAAAUCAAGCCAGACUUGAAGAAGGCUAUUGUAAAUCUUGCUUGUCAUCCUCGCCUCCCUGUACUGUAUGUUGCUUAUGCAGAAGGUUUGAUUCGGGCAUAUAACAUUCAUACCUAUGCUGUUCAUUACACACUUCAACUUGACAAUACAAUUAAGCUUAUUGGGGCUGGUGCAUUUGCAUUUCAUCCAACUCUGGAGUGGAUUUUUGUUGGGGACCGGAAGGGUACACUUCUGGCAUGGGAUGUAUCAACAGAGAGACCAAGUAUGAUUGGAAUAAAACAAGUUGGCUCACAACCAAUUAAAUCAGUUUCCUUUCUCCCCAUGUUGCGUUUACUUGUGACUCUAUCUAAGGAUGGAAAUCUACACGUUUGGGAAACACGUGUUACGGUUAAUCCUAAUAGACCUGCUACGCAGGCUAACUUUUUUGAGCCUGCAGCAAUUGAAUCAAUUGAUAUCCCUCGCAUCCUUUCUCAACAGGGUGGAGAAGCAGUUUAUCCAUUGCCACGAAUUAAAGCUUUAGAAUUUCAUCCAAAAUUGAAUUUAGCUGCACUAGUGUUUGCAAAUGUGACAAGUGCAGACACUUCAAAAAAUAAGGCCUCAUACAGUAAAGAAGGGAGAAAGCAACUUUUUACAGUUUUACAAAGUGCACGGGGAUCUUCAGCAUCUGUUAUAAAGGAAAAACUUUCAGCCUUGGGAGCAUCUGGGGUGUUAGCAGAACAUCAGCUUCAAGCUCAACUACAAGAUCAUCAUCUGAAAGGCCAGAGUAAUCUUACAGUAUCAGACAUUGCAAGGAAGGCAUUUCUUUACAGUCAUUUCAUGGAAGGCCAUAUGAGAAUCUCUCCAAUAUCACGCCUGCCCCUCAUUACUGUUUUAGAUACCAAGCAUCAUCUGAAGGACUUUCCAGUUUGUGAGCCAUUUCAUUUGGAGCUAAAUUUUUUUAAUAAAGCAAACCGAGUUCUUCAUUAUCCAUCCAGGGCGUUCUAUAUGGAUGGACUGAACCUUAUGGCACAUAACCUUUCGUCUGGGUCUGACACUAUCUACAGGAAGCUCUAUAAUUCGAUUCCUGGAAAUGUGGAGUACCGAGCAAAAUAUUUGAUUCACAGUAAAAAGCAGCACUUAUUUCUCGUAGUUUACGAAUUUAGUGGUGCUACAAAUGAAGUCGUGCUUUACUGGGAAAAUAGUGAUGCACAGACAGGAAACAGUAAAAGCAGCACGGUAAAAGGUCGAGACGCAGCAUUUAUUGGCUCCAAUGAAAAUCAGUUUGUUAUACUCGAUGAGGACAGGACAGGGUUGGCUUUAUAUUCUCUGCCAGGAGGGGCCUCUCAAGAAGCUAAUGACAAUGAUAAAGUUCUUGAAGAAAAUCAACCUACAGAGACUAAUGUUGGUUCAAUUCGUGGCCCAACACCAUUUAUGUUUGAAACCGAAGUUGAUCGUAUCUUUUCUACACCAUUAGAUUCAACUUUGCUGUUUGCUUCUCAUGGGAACCAAAUUGGAUUAGUAAAGCUCAUUCAAGGGUACACCUUAUCAACUUCAGCUGCCAAUGGCCAUUAUAUAUCCACCAAAAGUGACGGAACAAAGUCAAUUAAGUUGAAAAGAAACGAAAUUGUACUUCAGGUGCACUGGCAAGAGACCCUACGGGGAUAUGUUGCUGGAAUUUUAACAACACACAGAGUCCUUAUUGUUUCGGCGGCACUUGAUUUGCUUGCAGGAACUUCUACAAAUUUUGACAAGGGACUUCCUUCAUUUAGAUCUCUCUUGUGGGUUGGGCCUGCCCUUCUUUUCUCUACUUCUACGGGCGUUAGUAUACUUGGUUGGGAUGGAAAAGUGAGGCCUAUCUUAUCAAUCAGUAUGCCAUAUGCAGUCUUGGUUGGGGCUUUGAAUGACAGAUUGUUGCUUGCUAGCCCUACAGAGAUAAAUCCCAGACAGAAGAAGGGGGUAGAGAUCAAAAGUUGCCUCGUUGGUCUUCUUGAACCAAUUCUUAUUGGAUUUGCCACAAUGCAGCGAAGUUUUGAGCAGAAGCUUGAUCUGUCAGAAAUAUUAUAUCAAAUAACGUCGAGGUUCGACAGCUUGCGCAUAACACCUAGGUCUCUAGAUAUCCUUGCAAGAGGAUCUACGGUCUGUGGAAAUUUAGCUGUCUCUUUAUCACAAUCUGGUCCACAGUUCACCCAGGUGAUGCGAGGUGUCUAUGCUGUUAAUGCUCUUCGUUUUUCCACUGCUUUAUCUGUUUUGAAAGAUGAAUUUCUGCGAUCCAGAGAUUAUCCAAGAUGUCCUCCCACAUCACAUUUGUUUCACCAGUUCAGGCAGUUGGCUUAUGCAUGUAUCAGGUUUGGUCAGUUUGAUAGUGCAAAAGAAACAUUUGAAGUUAUUUCGGAUUAUGAAGGCAUGCUUGAUCUAUUUAUAUGCCACCUUAAUCCCAGUGCCAUGCGGCGUAUUGCUCAGAAAUUGGAAGACGAAGGCCUUGACUCCGAAUUGAGGCGAUAUUGUGAAAGAAUAUUACGAGUUCGGUCAUCUGGAUGGACACAAGGUAUAUUUGCCAACUUUGCUGCUGAGAGUAUGGUUCCAAAAGGACCUGAAUGGGGUGGUGGAAACUGGGAAAUUAAAACCCCAACCACUGUGAAGGACAUACCUCAAUGGGAGCUUGCUGCUGAAGUGACACCAUACAUGAAGACUGAUGAUGGAACAAUUCCAUCCAUUAUUGUAGAUCAUAUUGGUGUGUAUUUAGGCUCAAUUAAAGGAAGGGGUAAUAUUGUUGAAGUGAGGGAAGGUAGUUUGGUUAAGGCCUUCACGCCAGCAGGUGAUUCAUUGAUGGGUCUGGGAAGCCUUAACAAACAGCUUGUCAGUUCAUCUGCGGAUGAGCAGACUAAAGCCGAAGAAGAAUUUAAGAAAUCUAUGUACGGAGCUGCUGAUGAUGGUAGCAGUAGUGAUGAAGAAGGAGUAUCCAAAAUUAAAAGAAUACACAUUAAAAUACAUGACAAACCAAUUUCCUCUUCUACUGUGGAUGUGAAUAAGAUUAAAGAAGCCACUAGACAGUUUAAACUUGGUGAAGGGUUACCUCCACCAAUGAGGACCAGGUCAAACAGCGGAAGCCAGGAUCUUGGCCAGAUUUUGUCCAUGCCACCAUCAACGACAGGAGCAGCUUCUGCUACUGUUUCAGCUCCUGUUGACCUUUUCGGUACAGAAGCUUCAACUCAACCAGAAUUAAUUUCACAGCCCACUACUGGGCUUGUAGGUGGGGGAGUUACAACAGGACCUAUUCCAGAGGAUUUCUUUCAGAAUACAAUUUCUUCUGUUCACGUUGCUGCAUCACUGCCUCCUGCUGGAACUUUUCUCUCAAAAUUCACUCCAGGGGUUCAAACAAGCAAUACAGCUCCAAAUCAAGGUGCUGCUGAAGCUGCUUCUAGUUUUCAAGGUGGUGUUUCUGCUCAAGCCAUUCAACAACCUGUUGUUCCAAUUGAGUCCAUAGGACUUCCUGAUGGUGGUGUCCCACCCCAAUCCAUGCCUCAGGCUGUAGUCACGCCCCAAUCUCAGCUGCAGCCUACUCAGCCUCAAAUUUCUAGCCAGCCUCUUGACCUUAGUGUACUUGGAGUACCAAAUUCUGCUGAUUCAGGGAAGCUUCCACAAACUGGUUCUGCACCAGUUUCCGUGCAUCCUGGACAGGUUCCCCGUGGGGCUCCUGCUGCUGUAUGUUUCAAGACUGGACUUGCCCACUUGGAACUAAACCAUCUGUCAGAUGCGUUGUCUUGCUUUGAUGAAUCUUUUCUUGCAUUGGCCAAGGAACAAUCUCGUGGAAGUGAUAUUAAAGCUCAAGCAACAAUUUGUGCUCAAUACAAAAUAGCAGUCACUCUUCUUCGGGAAAUAGGACGACUGCAAAGAGUCCAUGGCCCAAGUGUAAUCAGUGCAAAAGAUGAGAUGGCAAGACUUUCACGUCAUCUCGGGUCAUUGCCUCUUCUGGCUAAACACAGAAUAAAUUGCAUUCGAACUGCCAUCAAAAGGAAUAUGGAGGUUCAAAACUAUGCAUAUUCAAAGCAAAUGCUAGAACUACUACUGUCUAAAGCACCUUCAAACAAGCAGGAAGAAUUUAGAAGCCUGGUUGACCUGUGUGUUCAGAGGGGCUUGACUAAUAAGUCCAUUGAUCCCUUAGAAGAUCCCUCACAUUUCUGUGCUGCCACUUUAAGCAGGCUGUCUACCAUUGGAUAUGAUGUGUGUGAUCUCUGUGGGGCCAAAUUUUCGGCCGUGAAUGCACCUGGAUGCAUCGUGUGUGGAAUGGGAAGCAUCAAAAGGUCUGAUGCUAUUGCAGGACCAGUUUCUUCACCAUUUGGCUGA